CAGGAAACGGAAGCGCCGUAGGGUGGGCGGCUCUUUGUCGAAGCUAGAGGACCGGCAGGCGGCAGCAGCAACUACGGCGGCGGCGGCAGAACCCAGCAGUGAUGUGGAGGUGGAGACCUGCAGGAGUCCCGGACUUCACCUGAGCUACCUCAGCAGUCACCAAGAGUGGCAAGAAAAGGAAGAAAGCCCUGAGUUGGGGGGGACCAGAAUGCCUGACCGGGACAGCUAUGCUAACGGCACUGGGAGCAGCGGAGGAGGCCCUGGAGGUGGUAGCAAUGAAGAAGCCAGUGGAGCAGGGGCAGGCAAUGGGGGGGCCAGUUCGGAUGCCAUCUGUAGAGACUUCCUGAGGAACGUUUGCAAGCGAGGCAAGCGCUGUCGAUACCGCCACCCAGACAUGAGUGAGGUGUCCAACCUGGGAGUGAGUAAAAAUGAAUUCAUCUUCUGCCAUGACUUCCAGAACAAAGAAUGUAGCCGUCCAAACUGCCGUUUCAUCCAUGGCUCCAAGGAGGAUGAGGAUGGCUAUAAGAAGACUGGAGAACUUCCCCCUCGGCUGAGACAGAAAGUGGCAGCUGGCCUGGGCCUUUCACCUGCUGACCUACCAAAUGGCAAGGAGGAGGUCCCUAUCUGUCGUGACUUCCUCAAGGGUGACUGUCAGAGAGGAACCAAGUGCAAGUUCCGUCACCUACAACGGGAUUUUGAAUUUGAUGCUCGGGGUGGGGGGGCCACUGGGUGUGGGGGCUCAACAGGCUCCGUUCCCCCAGGACGACGGCAUGAUCUCUAUGACAUCUAUGACCUUCCUGACAGGGGCUUUGAGGACCAUGAACCAGGCCCCAAACGCCGGAGAGGUGGAUGCUGCCCUUCUGAUGGCCCCCAUUUUGAAUCCUAUGACUACGGCUUGGCUCCUUCUCGUGGGGUAGAGUGCAGACUGCUGGAGGAGGAGAAUGCCAUGCUCAGGAAACGUGUGGAGGAGCUAAAGAAACAGGUCAACAACCUACUGGCCACUAAUGAGGUACUUCUGGAACAAAAUGCCCAGUUCCGCAAUCAGGCCAAGGUCAUGACCCUGAGUUCCACUGCGCCAGCGACUGAGCAAACUCUGGCCCCCACUGUGGGUACUGUUGCCACUUUUAACCAUGGCAUUGCCCAGACGCACACUACUCUCAGCAGCCAGGCUCUACAGCCUCGUCCUGUGUCCCAGCAAGAACUUGUGGCCCCUGCCGGAGCUCCAGCUGCUCCUCCAACUAAUGCUGCACCUCCUGCUGCUCCACCCCCCCCACCCCCACACCUGAACCCAGAGAUCACACCACUGUCAGCUGCUCUGGCUCAAACAAUCGCCCAGGGUAUGGCCCCUCCACCCGUCUCUAUGGCUCCUGUAGCUGUAUCUGUGGCCCCUGUGGCUCCUGUGGCUGUGUCGAUGGCCCAGCCCUUGGCAGGAAUCACAAUGAGCCACACGACUACUCCCAUGGUGACUUACCCCAUUGCUUCCCAGAGCAUGCGUAUCACAGCCAUGCCACACUGAUGAAGCUGAUGGAUAUUCCCCUGCUAUAGCCUCUCAGGGCUGGGUUCAAGGGGCCCCUCCUCCCUUGCUAGCCCGUCCAGGCCCAGUCUAAUGGGUCUUCUCAAGAACUAGGACAAGAGACUGUAAGGAAUAUACUUCCUAGGAGCAUGUCCCAAGGUGGGGUUGGAUUGUGGUUCAUCUUGUCCUUCCUUCAGACCUCAAGUGGGGCUGGCAUAGGAGUUCAGACAAGCCAGCAGAGAGUAAGAACUAAGGGGUUGUGUCCUCAUACGGGAAGCGGGGGACAUCCCUUCCCUUGUCCUCGUUUGUGAACAGCAUAGGUUCCAGCACUGGUUUUAGAAGGAAAACUACCCCAUCCCGAAGGUAAACCAGGAAAAAUUGGGAAGUGGGUGGUCAGGAGAGAAGGCCUCGUAGGAGCCUUCAGAUGAUUUGGGGCCCAGUUGAAUUGGAAAAUACAGGAAUUGCUCCUGGGCCCCUGAGAUACCUGGGACCAUAGUACUCCAAUCCAAAGACUAGGGGAACAUUCACUUACCUAGUUGGCCUGGAUUAUCUGUAGGGCAGGGCCCACUACUUUCCAAAGAAAUAAAAGAACGUUAUUUUUAAAAAUGGAGGAAAUGAAAACUUGCUUAGAUAUUCUUUGUGGAAGAUGGGAGCAUAAAGUAGAUCUUGUGCCAGAAAUGGGAUAAAGACUGUACCCUCACAUAGCUUGGAUUAGUUGAGUGGAUGCCAGCAACCAAGGAUAGAGACCUAAAACAACCAAAUGGGAUUUGGGUAAGGUGAUUUGUGAGGGAAAAGAAUUGGAGUCACUUAGUCUAGUUUAAAAAUAGUUCCAUCUGUUUCUGGUCUCUGUCUGCAUGUGCUGUUCCCAGGUUGCCUUAGUAACCAGGGCUCCUAGGGUCACUUAGGGCAGGCACUAAAGGAGGGUUUAAGUACUUUGACAUGGUGAUGGGGUGUUAGGUAGUUGGCAGAUACUGCCCUUAUUCAAGCAGAGCAGGGCAGGUGGUGGUGUUCCUCUGAGUUGAUGGCAGUUUAUAUCCCUUCACUCCAGCCCUUCUUCAGGGCCAAUGCCUUAAGCCUUCAAGGCUUUAUAAGUACGAGGAAAGGGAAAGUGGGAUAGCACACACUUAAUUCCAGCACUUGGGAGGUAGAGGCAAGAGAAUCAGGAGUUCAAGGUCAUCAUAGUCUACAUAGCAAGUUUAAGACCAGCCUGAGCCACAUGAGACCCUGUCUCAAAAAAAAGCUGGGAAAAAGGAGUUGUUCACCAUCUCAAAAGGGGGAGUGGGGUACUAAAGACAAAGGUUGGAUAACUAUUGUGGAUUUUAGAAGCAGCUUGAUAAGUUAAUGUUCAUUUUUGGCACAAUUCUGGAUUAUUAAAGAGAUGUUUUAUGAUUAUUUAGAAAGGAAUGUGAUUUCAGAUACCAUAUGAAUUCUCACUCAGAUCCUAACUGCAUUUCUUGCUAAGUGGCUCCAAAGCAAAUGAAUUUGAGUAACUACAGA